AUGGAGCAGUUGAGCAACUUACGGGAAUUAAACUUGUCAGGCACUAAGGAGUUGAAAACCUUCCGAACUGGAUUGGUAUCAAGGCUGUCUGGUUUAGAGAUUCUGGACAUGAGUAACAGUAACUGUAGAUGGUGUCUGAAGACAGAGACAAACGAGGGAAACACAGCACUACUUGAGGAGCUAGGAUGUCUGGAGCGAUUAAUUGUUUUAAUGGUGGACUUGAAUGGCACCACACAUCCCUCUUCGGAAUAUGCUCCUUGGAUGGAAAGGUUGAAAAGCUUCAGAAUUAGGGUACAUGGAGUUCAUGGCCGAAUUUCUCCUUUAGGCUUCAAGAUUUUCAGACAGGUUAAAAAAAAUCUACUCAAGAACAAAGAUGCAAAAUUUGAGGAAAGAAAGCUUUUACUUUCGGGAUUGGAUCUGUCAGGCAAAUUGAAUGGAUGCUUGUUAACAUGUGCAGCCGUUCUUGAACUGGAAGGUUGCAAGGGGUUAAAUAAUCUGUUUGAUAGUGUUGGUGGCUUUGUUUAUCUCAAGUCACUUUCUAUUUCGUCUUCCAACGUCAGGUUCAAGCCAACAAGAAGACAUCGUUCCCCAAAUGACCUACUUCCAAAUCUAGAGGAACUUAACCUCGUGGAUCUCCUUAGCCUAGAGAGCAUUUCAGAAUUAGUUGGGAGUCUUGGACUCAAAUUUUCAAGGCUAAAAGUAAUGACGGUGCUCUGUUGUUCGAAACUAAAAUAUCUUCUCUCUUGUGAUGAUUUUACUCAACCCUUGGAAAAGCUGGAAACAAUUUGCUUACGAUACUGUCCCGAUUUGAGUGAUAUGUUCAUUUACAGUUCAGGGCAGACCUCAAAGUCAUAUCCUGUUGCUCCAAACUUGAGGGAAAUAUACUUAUCAAGCCUUCCCAAAUUGAAGACUUUAAGCAGACAAGAAGAAACAUGGCAACAUCUAGAGUAUAUUUAUGUGGAAGAGUGUAAAAGUCUGAAGAAGCUACCUUUGAAUGAGCAAAGUGCAAAUACUUUGAAAGAGAUAAGAGGAGAGGAGGAGUGGUGGAAGCAAUUGGAGUGGGAUGAUGAUGUUACCAGCUCCACUCUCCAGCCUCUUUUCAAAGGUCCAGAGUGGUGGCCCUGA